CAGGGGAGUGUGAUGGUGGUGUUUUCCUCCUGUAUGCAUCAGUAAGAUGUGAAGAUGGCGGAGCUGCAGAUGCUGUUGGAAGAGGAGAUUCCUGCUGGUCGAGGAGCCCUGUUAGACAGCUACGCCAAUCUAGAGAGAGUCGCCGAGUACUGCGAGAGCAACUACAUACAGUCUCCAGAUAAGCACAGAGCUCUAGAAGAAACCAAAAGCUACACCACUCAAUCUUUGGCAAGUGUUGCAUAUCUGAUCAACACUCUUGCCAACAAUGUGCUCCAGAUGCUGGAUAUACAGGCGUCCCAGCUACGCCGCAUGGAGUCCUCCAUUAACCACAUUUCACAGACGGUGGACAUCCAUAAAGAAAAGGUGGCAAGGCGAGAGAUCGGUAUACUCACCACCAAUAAGAACACUUCACGCACACACAAGAUCAUUGCACCAGCCAAUCCUGAGAGGCCUGUACGGUAUAUCCGCAAGCCCCUUGACUACAGCAUGCUGGAUGAUGUAGGCCAUGGCGUCAAGUGGUUACUAAGGUUUAAGGUCAACGCCCAGAAUAUGAAAGUGGGUACGAUUUCACGCACAGCUGCACCUACCCAGAAACCACCCAGCCCUCCUGGCCCUGGCAAAGGAACCAUGGGACGGCAUUCCCCUUACCGGACACUCGAGCCAGUGCAUCCACCCGUCGUCCCUAAUGACUACAUGCCGAGUCCUACACGCAACACCGCACCACCACUGCAGAGCCCGGCUAGAACUGCUUCUGUUAAUCAGAGGACCCGCACGUACAGCAGUGGCAGCAGUGGAGGCAGUCAUCCCAGCAGUCGCAGUAGCAGCAGAGAGAACAGUGGCAGUGGAAGUGUGGGCGUGCCUAUCGCUGUACCAACACCUGCCCCGCCCACUGCCUUUCCUGCAGGUACUGCACCUGCCCCUCCCAACCCCCCUAAACCCCCCCCGAACAUUAUUGUCCCUGCCCCUCCCGUACCUCCACCACCAUCCACCCCUGAGCCAGUGCCCCCUGCCCCUGCUCCUACCCCUGCUCUGCCAGUAGAGGGCCCUUCUGAGAUACCACCACCCCCACAGCUGCCCCUAUCCCUCCCCGUUAGCACCAACACCAGCCUUGAUGCUGCAACUUGCACCCCCGCUCAAGGCAAUGGUCCUCACUUUUACAGUAUGAACAGGCCAAUGACGCGACAUGCCACGCCCUCUGUAGGAGGUUCCCUGCCCUAUCGCCGGCCAUCAUCAGUUACCGGACAGCCCAACAACAUGCCUCAGAACACAAAUCCAAACAUUAUCCAAAACCAGCUCAAUGGAGGGCCACAUUACAUCCAAAACCAAGCCCCUAUGGCCCCUCCUCCCCCAGCUAUCCUUCAGAUCACUCCUCAGCUCCCGCUCAUGGGCUUUGUGGCUCGAGUUCAGGAGACCAUCUCAGACGCACCUCCACCCCCACCCCCUGCAGAAGAGGUGAAUUUUGAGGAAGCAACACCACCCCCACCUCCUCCAGAGGACUUUGAGGAUGACGAGGGUGAUGAGGAGGAAGAGUCGGCGGUGGUUGAGUACAGUGACCCUUAUGCUGAAGAGGACCCUCCAUGGGCCCCUCGCAGUUACCUAGAGAAAGUGGUGGCGAUUUAUGACUACGCACGUGAUAAAGAAGACGAGCUGUCCUUCCAGGAGGGGGCGAUCAUUUAUGUCAUCAAGAAGAACGAUGACGGCUGGUUUGAGGGUGUGAUGUGCGGCACCACUGGCCUCUUUCCUGGGAAUUAUGUGGAGUCCAUCAUGCACUAUGCCGACUGAGACACCAAGUGGCGCCACUGCUCCUCUGUCCUUUAUCUUCCUAGUUCUUUGAGUGUGCUCAUUCACACAAAUACACACAGGAACACAAACAAAUCCAGCGACACUACGUCUUGCACAGGCUUGUUGCAGACAAAUGACAAAUGUGGACGAAGUUGACUUCGAGAGCAAGAACUGAGGCAUUGUGUACAUUGGCAAAGAGGACAGUUCAUCAAUACUAUAAUGGGAAAAUUGAAAUGUGUAAGAUAAAUACAUUAGAACAUUUAAUUAAUCUCUUAUUUUGAAUCUUUUAGAAACAUGUAUCAGAAAAGUGUUGGUUUUGCUUGACUUGUGUUGACAUUGCUUUGCUUCUUUCCCUUCUCUGCUAUGGAGGAACGGUCAUAACAUAGUGGAAGGACAGUUAUCCACUCAUGUCUUCAUGAAAUUGCUUUGAUAAAGGGAGAGGGAUUAAAAGACAGGCAUCUUGGACAUGCAUGCUUUUUAUUUUCAUCGCUUCUUAGCUGUGUGCUGUCCUCUGACCAGCAAAUGAGAGAAGCUUUUGCCAAGAACAACACAAGGAUUUUAUUGUGCCAGGUCUUAGAGAGAUGCAUUGAUUCAGGUUGGCUUAUUUCCCGUUUUUCAUUGCGUUGGGGGUUACAUUUAUUUUUUUAAACUAUUACGUUUAGAGUGCUGUUUAGUUUGAAGUCAUUAGCAAAAGAACAUGCCAAAGGAUUUCAGUGACAGUUUCGAUCGUGGACGGGACCGAUAUUUACUUUUCUCCAUUCCUUUACAUAAAUUUCUUUCCAACAAAGAUUUUAUUGCUUGAAAUAUUUGCAAGUGUGUGUGUAUUCUUUCUAUGUAUGAUAAAAACAAAAUGCUAUUAAAUUGUUCAGGAAGUUUGUGCCAUAAAGAAAUGUAUGUAAAUGGUUAUAUUUUUGGAUGUGAGAGGUUGUCAUGAAUCUCAGCACCGGAUGUGGUGUUCUUCAGGAAGAAAAUGUGUAUUGUGAUCUUGAACCUCUGAUUCAUCCCUUUGACCAACUGUGGACUUGCAGAUACAAGACUAUUAUAUGUAUGUUAUAUAAUGAUUUAUAUUCUAGAAAUAAUUUUGUGUUGGUGUAUGGACCCAAUUUUAUCUGCAAUAACUAAGGCACAGGUAGAAAGUCCUCAGUCGAUGAGCUAGACAGAUUUUUAAAGCACAAGAUGAUAAAUGUGAUCUUAGGAAGAUCUUACAAAAUGUGAAGAACUGACUUUUGGAUGAAGUUAUAUUAAUGAAAUAAAAACAGAAACCAGCCCAGACUUUAAAACAACCUCUGACCCUCAUGCAGAUAAUGUGGAACAAACUGUACUAAUGCACAGAAACUUUUUCUAUAAAGUACUUUGAUGUCUAUAUGUAAGUGUGUAUGAGUGCGUAUGUUAGUGUGAAACUAAUUGAUUUCACCGUUUAUGGAUCAUUGGUGACUGACUUGUUUGUGUGCAAAUCUUUAUUUUCAAUGAAAGGUCUGUGGCAGUGCGUGUGUGAAACGGGUCUUGCAUGUUGAUAAAUUCUGUGAUUUUCCUGCUGAUGGAGAAUAAAAUGGAUAUAUCUGGUC